CCUCAACAAAUAUCAUUUCCAUUUCCAAAACAAACAAACAAAUUCAUUCAUAUUCACACCCCUCCCAAUCUAUCUCACAAAACAAAAAGUCUCUUCUUCACUUCCCCAAUUUCACACGCAAAUCCCAAUCUCCCGGAUGAUUGCCUGCCUUAUGAUGUAGCAUUUUUUCUUCAUCUUAAGAGGAACAUGGUCCAGAUAUGGUUUAGUGAAUACUUACUGAAUAGUAUUUAUGCUUCUGAAAACAUUCAUAAUUCUAAAUCUGUUUUCGUUUGUCGGUAUCACGGUUAAUGAUACGUCUGAUGCGAGUUUUUUGGGAUCAUGUGUGCAUUAUUGGUUAUCAUCUUAGUAUCCGGCAGUUAUAAGGGUGGGAGAUUGCAAGUUUUUAACGGUCUUACCUUAUUUAUAUCUUGACUAAAACCUUGACACACAUCAGAUCAGAUCAGAUCAGAUCAUUCAAGACUGACUCUAGCGCAUAAUUACCUUCAAGAAUCAGAUCAGGACCAUCAGAACAAAGCAAGAAGUGCCAGAAAUUCCGAAUAUGGAGCUAAAUACCAUCAAAGAUGCAUUUGAUCGUGUCACAAAAAAGCAGAAAGUGUCGUCGUCUAAAUCUCAAGAGACCGUUGAACACGUCACCCAAGAAAUCGAGCAGGCAUUAUCCAGAAUCCAGUCAGGAACAUCUCAACCUGACUGCAACUCAAUCCUCGGUGAACUAAAGACAAAGUUAAAGGAGAUGGUCCCACUCGGUCAACUAGAAGCCACCCAAAAGGAACUAAAUCUUGCUAUGACCAAAUACACUAAGCUUCUCGAGAAACAAUUCAAUCCCGAUAUAUCAAAGUCUUACCGGAACGUUGACUUUGACUUUCACACAGUCAACCAGAUAGUCGCCAGUCACUUGUACCGUGAAGGCAUGUUCGAUGUCGGCGAUUGCUUUGUGAAGGAAUCCCAUGAAGAGCCCGUGAUCGAUAAGAAAACUCACUUUAUGGAAAUGUAUCAAAUACUCGAGUCGAUGAAAUCUCGAGACCUGGGUCCCGCGUUAAAGUGGGCCACCGCUAACCAUGAGAAACUCCAACAAAACGGGUCGGAUAUCGAACUCAAACUCCAUCGUUUACAGUUCAUGGAGAUUCUUAAACUUGGUCAUAGAGACGAAGCUCUUAAAUACAUGAGAACUUAUAUCUCCCCGUUUUCUAACCAUUUCUCAGAAAUCCAGAAGCUAAUGGCGUGUCUUCUAUGGGCCGGAAAGCUAGAGUCGUCUCCUUAUACCGAGCUUCUAUCACCGACCCAUUGGGCCAAGCUGGCCCACGAACUAGCCCAACAAUUCUGCAAUCUUUUGGGUGAGUCUUACCAAAGCCCGUUAAGCGUAACGGUUGCAGCUGGAGUUGAAGCGUUACCAACUCUUAUAAAACUAGCAAAUGUGAUGACGGGAAAGAAACAAGAAUGGCUGUCGAUGAAGCAGUUACCUGUUCCUGUGGAUUUGGAUCAGGAGUUUCAGUUUCACUCGAUAUUUGUGUGCCCGGUGAGCCGUGAUCAGGCUAGUGAAGAAAACCCACCAAUGCUGAUGUCAUGCGGGCACGUGCUUUGCAAACAGUCGAUAACUAAGUUGUCGAAAAACAAUAGCACAAGGCCUUUUAAGUGUCCAUACUGCCCUACAGAGGUAGAAGUGGGUCAGUGCAGGCAGUUGCACUUUUAAUAUGCAUUAUUAUUAUUAUGUGUUGUAUGUUUUUAUAAACAAACUCUGUUUAUCUUUUUUACUAUGCAUAAUUCUUUAAAAAGUAGUGUGUAAAUGGUUUCAAGACUUUUCCAUUAUAAAAAGGUUGCCACUUGCCCCUCUC